AGAACUGUCCUUUUAGACACUAUUGCUUGCGAGUGAAAUUUUUGAAGGAUUUUUUGUGGAAUUUAUUGUGUCGAGAAGCUUUAUUGUGAGACGUUGUCAAUUAUUGUUGAUUGUGUUUUUCCAAUUUUUUUUUUCGAAAUUUUUGGUUGGGGAAUGGAGACAGUGAGGAAAUGUGGGUGCAAGGGAAUUAGAACGUGCUUGAUUUGCGAGACAGAGUUCAAUAUUUGUAAACCUGAUCUGUUUAAGGAGCUGCAGGAGCUUCCUAGUUAUGUAUACUGUCCCCCCUGUGAUAAAGCAUAUCCCGGAUGGGACAUGAACAUUUUUAAGGACCAUCCCCACCACCAAGGAACUCCAAUCUCCUACCCAGGGGUAUUUAUCAAGCUAGAUUUCUUGACGACGAGAGAGGGCGAGCAACUCCUGAUAGACGUCGACAACUUGCCCUGGGACAUAUCUCAGAGUGGACGGAGAAAACAAAAUUACGGGCCCAAGUGCAAUUUCAAAAAGAAAAAACUUCGAUUGGGAGAUUUCAAUGGUUUUCCGAGGACUACCAAAUUUAUUCAGGAAAAAUUCGAUGAUAUCCCGUUGUUAAAAGGAUUCAGAACGAUCGAGCAAUGCAGUUUGGAGUAUACCAAGGAACGAGGAGCCUCGAUAGACCCUCACAUCGAUGACUGUUGGAUCUGGGGAGAGAGAAUUGUCACCGUCAAUGUUUUUGGAGAUUCUACACUCACUAUGACACGGUUUCAUGGAGACGAACGGAAAUACAAUCGUCACCUGACUUCUACAUAUCCGCCAGUGAUUGACAAGAAUUAUUCUGAGGACGAAAAUGUUGGAGACUUUGUAGUGAGACUUCCAAUGCCCGAGAGAUCCUUGAUGGUCUUGUACGGACCCGCCAGAUAUGACUGGGACCAUUUAGUGUUCCGCGAGGACAUAGAAUCGAGAAGAGUUUGUAUAGCUUAUAGAGAAUUCACACCUCCCUAUUUACCUGGAGGUGAUCACAGUCAUCAAGCUAUCGAGGUCCUGACGAAGGCAGAGAAUUUCUGGUGAUGUUUUCUGAUACAUUCACAAAAUUUUAAAUAGGAAUUAUGCAAUCAAUUUUGAAGAUAUAUCAAUCUUCUUCCCUCUUGAGAAUUAGAGAAUAAUCCAGGGGUACAUCAAUUAAAUUUUAACUGUUCAUAUUUGUCAGUGGUAGUCAAUUUAUGUAAAUAUGCAAUCAAAUUAUGUCAGCAUCGUCGAAUUUUUCGUUUAUGUUACCUAUCGAGAAUGCAAGGCGAAAUUGUAUCUUUUUUAUGUUCCUCGUAAUGAGCGUUAUUUUAUCACUGAAAAUUGAUUAAUUCAGAAUAUGGAAGAUUAUGUAAGUACGUCAAUAAUAAAAAUCAUUGAUAAAUUGGA